AUGAGAUUUGAUAAUGCUCAUUCUCUUGCUAAUCAUGUCAAAAAGGUGAAAUAAUAUAUCAGAGAUGGAAAAAGUAAUAAUCAUAAUGGAAAUCCGGCCAUAGGAAAUAUGAACUUAGAGGACAUGCGAAACUACUUUUAGUCCGAGCAGAGGAAGUUUGAAGACAUCUCUAAGGAUGCAGUUAGAGCCAAGGAGAGAGAACUAAUUGAUGGGCUACAAGAAAUGAAGAAAGAGAGAAAUUUUCUGAGAUAGUAACGGAUGGAGCAGGACAAGGCAAUGCAUGACUUGAUUAAAGAACUAGAGCUUAAAAAAGAAAGAGAGCUCAGGGCUAAAAUUGAAAAAGAGGAAAUAACGAAGUAACUCAAAGACAUUGAAAAGACCAAGACGAAUGCUCUAGAGAGAGAUAAGAGAAGAGAGUUGGAGAGAUUGGCAGCUGAGAGGGAAAAUCUAAGACUGAGGGAGGAAGAAAUUAUGGAUGAUAUAAAGAAUUUAGAAAACAAGUCAUACGAGUAGGAAAGAAGACUCAAAGAAGAUAGAGAAAGAAAGGUAGCUGAAGUUAAUAAUAGUGAGUAUUACGGCUAAGUUAUGAGAAAAAGGGAAGUUGAUAUGGCAAGAAAUAGAGGAGAGGAAAUAGCUAUGCUUAAGCAAAAGAAAGAUAACCUUGAGAGAGAUCGACAGAGAAUUUAGGAAGACUUAGACAAGGUUAAAUAGGGUGAUUUGCAAUCACUUAGAAAAAAUGAAGCAUCUAGAUGGGUUGCGAAUGAUAUUAUACAGAGAGGAGGCGCUCCUACUCUUGGAAUUGAUAUUAAUAGAGUUAAACUUGAUCCGGCUGUUAAGGACAAACUAAUCACUGACUAAGUCAGGAUAAAUCACAUAAAGGAAUAAAGAGAAAAGAUGCUUCGAGAUGCUUUGCCUGAAUUAGAAGAGCUUGAGUCAAUUACUAGACAAUGGUAGCAACCCAAUCCUGGAAAUAAAUACCAGACUGAAUAAACAGUUAGAAGAAGCAUGCAUAAUCAGUAUAUGCCAGCAGGGCCUGCAACUAGAAAUCAAUAUUAGCAGUCACCUUAAAAAUCUUUCAGCUAUCCAAAAAGUGGAGGUGAGGGAUUCGCGGCUGGUAUAUAAUCUGAUGGGGAUGUUCUUGACAAGAUAAAAUAACUCAGAGAAGACUAUGCCAGGGAAGGUGAGGGAGAUCCUCAGUUUUAUGCUUAACUAGAUGACCUUGAAAAUCACUUGCUUAAGUAAAAACAUCGUAAUAACGCUGAAUAUCAAUCAUAAGAGCAAUUGCCACCUUAAACGAUAACUGAAAUUCAUCAUUCAGUUCCUCCAUUUAUUGCCCCUCCUAUGCUUGGACCUAGCCCAAUUUAACCUCCUUUAGGCUUUGCUGGGCCACCGCUUAAUUUCAAUGCAUAAAUGCCUUUCUUACCUCCCCCUGUGUAUAAUCCUCCACCACCUCCACUUAAAAAUGGAGCACAAAGUAUUGAGAGAUACUAAUAAGAGAAUCAAGGCGAACCUGCUCCUGUUAUCAUCUAACCUUAUUUAAACCCACAAAUUGAGAUUAUGAAUAAAGUCAUAAAAGAAUAAGAAAUUCAAAAUGAGCUGCUUGAAAAAGAGCUCUCAAAUCUGAAGAGUGGACAAGGUUCUUUUCAAUAAUUUUAAAACCUACUUGGAAAUACUGAUACUGAUCUUUCAAAGAUCAAGAAGAUGCUAGGAGUUCAAAAGUUGAAAGGAGCAGGUGGAGUAAGAACAAGCAAUGAAGCAUUUCCUGAAGACUUUGUAUUUAGGUAAAAUGAGUUUAGAUGUGAAGAUCUUGAAGUUGAGGAAAGAGCACUCAUGAAUAUUACAGCAUAAGAAUACGAUGCCUUAAGAUUGAUUUCAAAGUUACCUGUAAACAGUGAACUGUAUAGGUAUAAGAUGGAUUAGUAUAAAGAGCUAAGUACAAUGAGAGGUGAAAUCGAAAAAGUUCUGCAAGAGCAGAGACUGGAGAAAAUUAGAAGAGAUUUUGAGAAGUAAAAGUACGAGGAUGAGAGGAGAUUCAAGCACGAAAAAUGGCUUGAAGAUUAAAAAAGACAGAUUCUUGAAGCUAAACUUAAGAAUGCUGGAAGAUAGCAGCCUUAAAAUGAGAUGAGACCCUAUACACCUGCAUAUUAAUAAGAAUUUUAGCAACAGCCUUUUACUUAGUAAUCUCAUCAAAACUUUGAGCCACCUAGACUGCAAUCAGCAAAGUAGUAAUAGAAUCCUUUUUAGCAAAAUGAAAUGAUGAGAAUGAGCUCACAUAAAAGUUUUAUAGAUUAGCCUCCUAAGCAAAUGGGAAACAGCAAUCAAAAUUUCUUCCUUAAUGAGCCAGAAUUAUAAAAUCAACCAGCUUAUGAUGAAAACUACAAUCCAAAUAUGUAUCAACCAGAAAGAGGAAUGAAUAUUUUCUUUGACUUUGUAUCAAGACUAUAGAGACAGUUUAGAUCUAUGAGAAUUGUAUAUGCUGUAUAUAAUGUAAGCAGAUCAAUUAUUCCUCCAACUCUGAUUGAUAUUCAUGAUGCCGAACCAGAUCCUGAGGACACUGAAAAGAAUAGAAUAAUUUUCAAGGAUAAUAACAUUAUUAAAAAUAUCUAGCCUCAUCCCUCUUCCAAUCUUAUCAUAGAGAUGUAGGUACCAAAACCAAAUACUGGAUCAAAUGAGAAAUAUGUAAGUUAUGGAUGGACAUUACUUAACAUGUUUGACGUUUACUAUGAAUUAAACAGAGGCAUAUUUAAGUUGCCUAUUUAUAUGAGUCCAACUAAAACUGAUAUAGAUGUUAGAGAUAUACCAUGGCUCAAACGACUUCCAGAAACUGUUAUCUGUAUGAGAGUAGGAAAUCCAGAUGAUGAGAAUUCUAGAUUUUAACUCUAAUUUCACACCUCACCUGAUGAAUAUGUAGUUCCUAGAAUUCACUAGAGAAAUGAAUUCGGACAGCCAUUAGCUGAAGAGGAAAAGUUUUUUGAUAUUCCAAAAGUAGAAGAACAACCACCCAUCGAAUAACCUAAGAAGCAAGAAGAUAAAAUUUAGUCCCAUUAUGAAUGUAAGGGUUUGAAUGUAUAGCUUCACUAUUUAAGGCAAUAUGUUCCCCCAACUCACGCAAGAAUAUAAUGCACUUUGUAUGAUGGCACUUAAAUAGUAAAAACUGAAGAUUAAAAGCUCUGCAAUUGGGCAUCAAAGCCAUUAGAUACACAGAAUAUCAUAUUUACAAGAGGAGAUAAUCCAUUAAAUGUUGGAUUGUCUUAUACACCAAGUGGCUUAGCAAGAGGAGAAGUUUUAAGCAUUGAAGAUGAGACAACUUGGAUUAGGGACUUAUAUAAACUUUAAUGGGACAAGGGAAAAGUAAAUGACAUUAAUUUAGUUAUUCAAAUCACAGAAUACUCCAAAGGUAGAAACUUCAAUUCAAUCCAAGAAAUUAAAGGUGACUACAAUCCUAUUUCUUAUGGAGUACUAAAGCUUAAUAAUCAAGAUGGGACAAUAAGAUAUGGAACUUAUGAUGUUGAAUUUUAUAAGACACCAGUGAAUCUCACCAAAAGAAGUCAAGUUGACCUACUUAAAUAAACGAUGAAAGUAACUAUAGCUCAACCACCCUUCAUUCCAAAUCGACCGUAGCAAGUUCCAUAACUAAGAGAAUAAUAAUAAGAUCCAAUUCUUCAAAAACCUGACUUAUAGAUUGAGCCUGAAUAAUAAACAUAAAGACCAAACAUUCCUUAAGAAAAGCCAUUUAUACCAAAUGAUUUAAAAUAGUUCAAUGAAAUUAGGCAUAUUGAAGGAGAAGGUAUAGACUUUUAUGUUGACGGAGCCAGAUUUUUACCUGAAAAUGUUUCAUAUUCUAGAAUCUUAGUACGUGCUUUUACGUAGGAUUAGUAUAGAGUAAUAAAUCCAACUAAGGGUAUGGCUGAUUUAGAUGUAUCCAGAGGUAGACAUCCAUUCUUUGGAUUUAGAUAAGAAAUAAGGGCUCCUAAAAUUGAUCCAACAUUAACAAUGCUAAUUACAGUUGAAACAAUUGACAGAUCUGAUGGCUUAGAAAAGAUUGUUGGCUAUGCUUAUUUCCCACUAUUUUUAAAUGCUCAGACAAAAACUCCAAUAACUAAUAGAAACACAACUGGUUUACUCCUUCAAAGUGGCUAAUAUUAAAUUCCCUUAUACUUUAAUAAAAUACCAGUUGAAAAAGACAUAAAUAUUGAAAAUAUGUAAGAUAAAAUUGCUUUAAAAUUUUUAGAUAAUCUCUUGAAAAGAUUCCUUGUGCAAGAUGUGCCAAUGGACCUCUGGAGAACAAAAGGACUUAUUAUAGACCCACCUGAUUACUAGGAUGGAGUUUAUAAUACCACUUAUUGUGCUGUUAAUUAAUUUGAAAAAGAACUGUUUGAUUUAAAAUCUCUGAGGCCUAAUCCUCCAAUGAGAUAGGUAGUUGAAUAUGUCCAGAUGAUGAAAGCCAGGACUUAAAGAAUGAGUGAUGAGCAAAUACUUCAAUGGCUAGAUAAGUUACUUAUAACCAAUCCAUAAACUCCAAUGAUCAAUUCUCGAUAUUUCUCAGCUUAUGAUCCAAGAUAUGGUUUUCGAUUUGUUGUAGAAAGACUUCACAAUUUAAAUUUAAAAUAGCCGCAUAUCGUUAUUACUUCAAUAUCACCUCCAGGAUCGUUAUAUAAGUAAAAUCCCAAGAGAACUUAAGAUGUGGCUUUCUUCACUGAUUUUAACUUUGAUGGACCAUGGAAUUCUGUUUAAUACUACGAGGAAGUGAUGAAUUAUGUGGGAUUAGCUCCCAAUAGAAAGCUAGGCUUUAUUAUUGAUGUAAAAUCUUUGAAUAUCAAAGGUGGCCAAGUUUAAUUAAAUGAUGUUGGUUGGGCUUAUCUCCCAGUAUUUGAUGCUCUUGAAAACGAAAAUGGAUCUACAACGCUCUUUACAAAUGCAGGACUCCAUGCAAGUACAAAUCCAUUAAAUGUUUUGAGAAAAGAAAAUUAGGCCAAGAUUCUUGAUGCAAUAUCUGUAAUAGUUAGAAUACAUGAUAACCAAAGGGAAAGAAUGCCUCCAAAGGCUUAUUAUGGAGAUAUUGAGAAUAACUAUCUACCUUAGGAUAAAUUACCAAGAUAUUCUUAUUCAGAAUUAAGAGAAACUAAGCGCAUCGAUAUGGCUAAAGCUUUUAUCCCUGGCAACCUUAGUAAAGAAAAUUAUUUGUAGCUCGCCACAAAAGUUAUAUAAUAGAAAUAUGGAGUAUGA